AUGGCGUCAUCAAUUUUGUCUGCUUCGAUGCAGAGCAAAUUAGCAGCAGCAUUCCCUCGGAACCUGGGAAGCGCUGCUUCGACUGUGCUCACUCUUGACGCAAUCAAAAACAUAGUCUUCGUCCUGUUCAUUCUUCGAUACACCCGCAAGACAUUCGACUCUAUCCGUGGAUAUGGCAUUUUUGGCAGCAUCAAAAAUGUCUAUUCGAUGGUUCGCUUGUGGGGCUUCUCGCUCUUCUUGCGCGCCCCGGGAGUUCGCGGCGAGGUCGACAAGCAGGUCACCACUGCUCUGACUAAACUUGAGGAGAAGCUUGUUCAAAGGGGCGAUGCAUCGAGUCGGAAUCUGGUUCUUCCAAAGGAGGGUUGGACAGCUGAGAAACUCCGUGGCGAGCUGCAGACCUUGGCUGGUAUGAAACAUGCGAGGUGGGAAGAGGGUAUGGUCAGCGGUGCUGUCUAUCACGGUGGCGAGGACCUGUUGAAGCUCCAGACCGAGGCUAUUGGCACGUUCAGUGUGUCCAACCCUCUCCAUCCAGAUGUCUUUCCCGGUGUCCGAAAGAUGGAGGCUGAAAUUGUUGCUAUGGUUCUCUCUCUUUUCCAUGGACCGUCUGACGGUGCUGGUGUCACGACCAGUGGUGGUACUGAAUCUAUUCUCAUGGCAUGCCUUGCAGCUAGGCAAAAGGGUUAUACUGAACGAGGAAUUACUGAGCCUGAAAUGGUGGUCCCGGAAACCAUCCAUGCAGCUUUCUUCAAAGCUGGGGGUUACUUCGGUAUCAAGGUUCACCGCGUGCCUUGCCCGGCCCCUGAUUAUAAAGUUCACGUUCCCUCUCUUCGGAGAUUGAUCAACCGAAACACAGUAUUGAUUGCUGGAUCGGCUCCAAACUUCCCCCACGGUAUUGUCGACGACAUUCCAGCUCUUUCGCGCCUCGCCGUUUCAUACAAAAUCCCUCUCCACGUGGAUUGCUGCCUUGGUUCCUUCGUUGUUGCAUUCCUGAAGAAAGCGGGAUUCCCAUCGCCUUAUGAAGAGGAGGGUGGCUUUGAUUUCCGCCAACCUGGUGUGACCAGUAUCAGUGUCGACACCCACAAGUACGGCUUUGCACCCAAAGGAAACUCGGUUCUUCUGUACCGCAACCGUUCCUACCGAAACCACCAGUACUUCAUCUUCCCAGACUGGGUUGGAGGAGUAUACGCAUCUCCAUCUAUCGCAGGAUCUCGUCCAGGUGCCUUGAUUGCUGGUUGCUGGGCAAGUUUGAUGUCAAUUGGAGAGGCAGGCUAUAUUGCUAGCUGCCAUCAAAUUGUGGGUGCGGCCAAGAAGUUUGAAUUGGCGGUUCGCGAAGAUCCGGUUUUGUCAGCAAACUUGGAAGUCAUUGGUAAUCCCGAGGUCAGCGUGGUUGCGUUUGCCAGCAAGAACGUGGGAAUUGAUACUUAUGAUCUCGCCGAUGGAAUGUCAGCAAAGGGCUGGCAUCUCAACGCGCUUCAAGACCCUCCUGCCAUCCAUGUUGCCUUUACUAGACCGACUGCUGUCGCUGUGGAAAAGCUGCAGACCGAGCUUACUGAGGUUGUCAACGCGGAGCUAGAAAAGGCCGAAGAAAGAGCUCGACAGGGCAAAUCAUACGCCCGCCAACGGGGCGACACUGCAGCUUUGUACGGCGUUGCCGGCAGUCUCCCAGACAAGAGCAUCGUCAAUCGCUUGGCCGAGGGCUUUCUCGACACAUUGUAUAAAUCGUGA